UAAUAAUAAUAAAAUUUGAGGUUAGAGUAAAAAUAUUUCUACUCCAAAAUUCUAAUAAAUAUUAUUAAAUUAUUAAAUAACAUUAGCUUUUUUUAUAUUAUAUAUAAACAAAUUAAGAUCUGUAAGACUAAUCACUGGAUCAAGUAAUUGGAUAACUGAUGCAAAAUAAAAUUUAAUAACCGUUGGUAAAAAAAUAAAAAAAUGAUAUCAAUAUGGAGCAUGAAAUUUUGUCGUGGUAUAUCAACAUCAAGUGUAUGUUGUAGUAAGAAAAAUUUUCGAAAAUUUGAUUUACCAAAUAAAAGAGGAACACGUGAAUUUAAAGAACGACAAAAAAUUGCACCACAUCCUGAUAUUCCAAUUGACAAAAGAGGAACAAGAGAUGUUGGCUACGUUGAUGGUGAACAUUUCAAAAUAAUUCCAGAAAUGAUACCAGAAUUAAUUGUUCCAAAUCUUAAAGAUUGUACUUUAAAACCAUACGUGUCAUACAGAUCAAUAAACGUAGUACAAUCUGAAUUUACAGCUAAAGAUUUAUUUAAUGCAAUUUAUGUUGAAAAAAUUCAUAAAGAUUAUGAAGCUGGAAAGUUGACAGAAGAUGGUCAACCAAUUGAGCCAAAUGAAUUUGAAAAACUAACACCACAACAAGCCAAGGAUAAUGCUUUUAAAGUUGGAAGUGAUAUAUUUACUGAAGAACCUGUUAAACGAAAUGUUGAAACAACACAAUCAGAUAAAUAAUUUUUUUUUUAAUCUGUAUGUUCAAAUGAUAUAUCUACUAUUAUAAAUUCAAUUAAAGAAAAAUUAUCUAGUUUUUUUUUUGUCUUGACCUAUC